AUGGCCUGGUCCCUUCUUCUCCUCUUCCUUCUCACUAGCUUCAUAGGAUCCUGGGCUCAGGGUGUGUUGACUCAGCCGUCUGCAAAAUCUGAGUCUGUGGGCAAGAUGGUCACCAUCUCCUGCACUGGAGGCAGCAGUAAUGUUGGACGUGGCUAUCCAUAUUGGUUCCAGCAGCUCCCUGGUAGUCCCCCCAAACUCCUCAUCUAUAAUGGCAGCAGGCCCUCAGGAGUCCCUGCCCGAUUCGCAGGCUCCAGGUCAGGGAACACGGCCACCCUGAGCAUCUCGGGGCUCCAGCCUGAGGACGAGGCUGACUAUUACUGUGCAACCUGGGACAGCAGCCUCAGAGCUCACACAGUGCUCCAGGCCAGAUCCUGGGCCCAGUCUGUGCUGAGUCAGCCGCCUUCAGUGUCUGGGAACCGAGGCCAGCAGGUCACCGUCUCCUGCUCUGGAGGCAGCAGUAACGUUGGGCGUGGAUAUCCAGACUGGUUUCAGCAGUUUCCUGGCAAUGCCCCCAAACUCCUCAUCUAUAGUGGUAGUAGCAGGCCCUCAGGGGUCCCCACCCAAUUCUCAGGCUCCAGCUCAGAGAACACGGCCACCCUGAGCAUCUCUGGGCUCCAGCCUGAGGACGAGGCUGAUUAUUACUGUGCAGCCUGGGACAGCAGCAUCAGAGCUCACACAGUGCUCCAGGCCAGUGGGGAAGUGAGACACAAACAUGCUGCACCCAAUGGUGGGACUCCCCGUGCAGCACCCUCCUCGGCCCAGACACCUGCUCUCUCUAAUUUGCCUGAAAGCUAG